AUGGCAGAUACUCUGAAGUUUCCGACACCCCCGCAAGGGUACAGAGUCGAUCCAGCAAAGAUCGCUCGCGUCGAGAUUUUCCCGCCCAUAGGUAUCGCCCGUGUGGGCAACUCUGGUGCGACUGACACAGGCGAGCCCGACCCCAAGAGCAAGAUCGAGUUCUUCUACGGCCCUGAGGUCCCUGGCAUCACGGACGUCCCUCAUGUCUUUGGCGUCCGCGAAUGGUCCUUCAGGGACGGCAGUGGCAAGAUUAAACGCCAGGCGGUGAGGUUCCGUGUUUACGCAUAUGACAAGGCCGGCAAUGUGCUCGGUGAGAUCAACAACAACGGUGGCUAUACGCUCAACUGGUCCGUCCACGUUGCGAACAAGAAGGCCGCCUUCUACUGCUUUAGCGGACGCCUCCGUCCACGUAACACUAAUCUGCGUAACCCAGAUGUAGACUCAGAGCCUGCCAAGGGAGGGGAGUUGUCGGGCGAUCCCUUCGACCAGUCUCUCGAGGGCCGCAAGAAGCUGAUCGUGGAUCCCGGCUGUCAGAAGAUCGCUCGUAGCAUCAAUGCGCAGGGAGAGGUGACUCCCGUCCAGCUCAAGGGCAAAUUUCAGGGCUCCUUGCCCAAUGCGUCCGACGCUGUCGACGUCACGCUGGGCGAGUUGCGCACCGACCCCGCCGGCCGGCUGGUCUUCAUCGGUGGCAGCGGUGUCGCGCGCUCGAUCCAGGGUCCUGGUGCGACCACGAAGCUCGUGCAGCCCGAGAUCAUAUCCGAGUUCGACAGCCUUGACUGGAUCGACUCCGUCUGCGACGGCUGGGUUGAUGUCCAGGUGGGGCAUGCGAAGAGACCCAACCUGGCGCGCGAAAUCCCGCGGCCGCACAAGGCGACUGUCCUGAGCGCUCCGCCGAAAUUCGCGUGGGGCAUCGACUCCCCUGUAACGCUCUACGACAUCAUGGAGAACUUCUACAAAGACGAGAUGUCCUACGUCGAGCAUAGCGGCACAGACUUCUACAAGGACAUCUGGCCGGUACUCGCGGGCACCUACCGACUUGCUUGGGUGAACGCGAAGGCCUUCCAAGGACACGGGCCUCGGGGGUACGGCGACUUCCUCCCCAAGGAGAGCGACCUCUCGACCCCGAAUGGAGAUCCGGCACAGCGCCAACACAUCUUUGGGAGGCUGCGCGAGCCGAACUUCCGUAACCAGGACCAGGCGCACGUCAUUCUCAUGCCUCGUCUCUCGGGUGAUAAUGGCGACGCGGUUGAGCCAGGGACAACGAACGACAUCGUUGGCGAACCUAUUCAGCGCUUCUCUGCGCUGACUGAGGUGCAGUAUAACCGCUUCAAGGACUGGAAGGAUGGGAAGUUCGUCACCGGGACGCCAUACGGGACCAAGAAGUUCAUCGAGGAGUACGACAAGGCUGAGCAGCCGGUUCUCCUGACGCGUGCAAUGCUCGAGCAGACAAUCGGCGACCCCCUCUACCCCGGUAUCGAGGUGUACUGGAUCGCGAAACUCGCAGAGGUGUACGACUUUAGCAGCGACCUCAAGAGCCUGCACCCACCGUUCCGCAUCGACCACACCAAGGCGCUGCCCGGCUUCCUGUCGCGCGGGCUGAGUUUGCCUUGGCAGAGCGACUUCGACUUGUGCAAUACCCAUUGGCAAGUCACGCGAUUUGACCAGUGGCCUUCCGCGCGGCCGGACGAUGUCUUCGUCUUGCCCGGGACCGAAUCCCUUGGGCCGGACGGCGUGGCGCAUGGCGUCAGCUUGGAGGACUUCAUGAACCCGGCCGUGCCUGGCAUAGACGAUAUGGCGUUGAUCGCUACGAAUGCGCCGCGACGCAAGGGUUGGGCGCGGGGUUUGCGCGACACCCCUGAGGAGACGUCGGCUUCGUUCUUCCCCGGGAGCACGGACAUGGUUCAGUUUUGGACCAGAUUGGGGUUCGUGAAGAAGCUUGAGCUGGGUCCCGCCACUCAAGGAAAGAUCGGCGCAGGGCGCGGGGCUGCUAAGCAGGCUCCCCCCAGUGUUUGGGUCGAGCGGGAGCGCCAGGACAUCAACGGGUUCACUUGAUAUGUUGUAGUCCGAGUCUGCCGUUCACUCCGUCUGUUCACGUCCAGCGAGCGUGGCGUGGUGUGGCCAUCGUCGCCGUGUUGCAACCCAAUGUAUAGUUACCCAUAGCAUGU